AUGCCGGCCACGCACUUCUCCGAGGACCCCCCGCAGGUCAUCAACCAGCGGGACCUGGACCUCGCCAACGAGAAGCUCAAGGCCUCGCACAGCAACGACAACAACGGCAUAAACAAUGCCGCCAACGCCGACCACAUCAACGGCGCGGCGGGCCACAACAUGAACGGCAGCGGCUCCGACUCGGCCGAGAACACGCCCGGCGGCGCGCAGAUGGAAAAGGUCGGCACCUUUGACAAGUACGAGAUCACGGAAGACGACUGCUACGAGGAGCUGGGCUACAGCUUCCCCACGUGGAAGAAGUGGUACAUCUUGACCGUCAUCUUCUGGGUGCAGGUGUCGAUGAACUUCAACACGUCCCUCUAUUCCAACGCCAUCCCGGGCAUCACCGAGGAGUUUGGCGUCAGCGACCAGGCCGCCCGAUGCGGUGCCAUGAUCUUCCUCGUGCUCUACGCCUUUGGCUGUGAGCUGUGGGCCCCCUGGUCUGAGGAGUUUGGUCGCUGGCCCGUCUUGCAGCUCUCGCUGUUCCUCGUCAAUAUCUGGCAGCUCCCCGUUGCGCUGGCGCCCAACUUUGCCUCGAUCAUGGUUGGCCGUGCGCUCGGCGGUCUCUCGUCCGCGGGUGGCUCCGUCACCCUCGGCAUGAUUGCUGAUCUGUGGGAAGCGGACGUCCAGCAGUACGCCGUUGCCUACGUCGUCUUUUCGUCCGUCGGUGGCUCCGUUCUGGGGCCGAUCGUCGGAGGCUUCACGGAGAAGUAUCUGGAUUGGAGAUGGUCCAUCUGGGUGCAGCUCAUCCUCGGCGGCUUUGUCCAAAUCGUCCACUUCCUCACCGUCCCCGAGACCCGCACCACCAUCAUGAUGAACCGCAUCGCCAAGCGCCGGAGAAAGGAGAACCCCGGUGCCAACAUCUGGGGCCCCGACGAGCUGGUGCCCUUCCGCGACCGCUUCUCGGCCAAGGAGAUUCUCACCACCUGGAUCCGCCCCUUCAAGAUGUUCCUCACCGAGCCCAUCGUGCUGGUCCUGUCGCUGCUCUCGGGUUUCUCCGACGCCCUCAUCUUCAUGUUCAUUCAGUCCUUUGCGCUCGUGUACAAGCAGUGGCACUUUGGCACCGUGGAGAUUGGCCUCAGCUUCAUCCCCAUCGGCAUCGGCUACGUCAUUGCCUGGCUGCUCUUCAUCCCCGCCAUCAAGCGCAACAUCAAGGAGCGCGCGGCCAAGCCCAACGACGAGCGUGCCCAGUACGAGUCGCGCCUCUGGUUCCUGCUGUACACCGCUCCCUGCUUGCCGAUCGGCCUGAUUGGCUUUGCUUGGACCAUCCAGGGACCGCCCAUCCACUGGAUCGGUUCCAUGAUCUUUGUCGCCAUCGUCGGCAUUGCCAACUACGCCAUCUACAUGGCCACCAUUGACUACAUGAUUUGCGCAUACGGACCCUACUCUGCGUCAGCGACUGGUGGCAACGGUUGGGCGCGCGACUUCCUUGCCGGUGUCUUGACCAUCCCCGCCGUGCCAUUCUUUACCAACAUUGGCGCGUCGAGCGGCAAGAACCUCGAGUACGCCAGUACGAUUCUGUUUUGCAUCUCCUUCGUGCUGGUCGUCGCCGUCUACAUCAUCUACUGGAAGGGCCCUGUGCUGCGUCACCGGUCGCCGUUUGCGCAGAGGCUUGCCGACCAGCGCCAGACGCAGCUCAACGAGGGCCGCCGCGGCAGCAUCCCCUACGACCCCGACGAGCGCCGAGGCUCUCAAGCUUCUGCUUCGGGUGUCCGUCCCGACUACGCGAGAAGGUACAGCCAGCAGCACCGCUUCUUUGGCGAGUCUCGCGUCACUCCCCGGCAAACGCCUCGGGGCACUCCGUCGGCCAGUCGCCGGCCAAGCAUGGCCAAUCUGGCGAAGAAGUGA